AUGGACCGAGUGCCCUCGGCACUGGCCGCGAAGAUGCGCUGGAUCACGCUGCUGCUCGCCGGCUUGACUUUCUGGGGCAAAGUGACUAUUUCUAACUGUUUCGACUACGAGGAGCCAGACUAUGAUUAUUACGAGGAGGAGCGAGCAGAGACCAUCGACUACAAAGACCCGUGCAAAGCUGCUGCAUUCUGGGGCGACAUCGCUUUAGACGAGGAGGACCUGCGCAUGUUCCAGAUCGACCGGACGAUAGACCUCACACAGCACACACACACGCACACACACUCCCGCCAGGGCCACACGUCUGGUGGCCUGGAGGAGCAUGCCGUUUCGAAGAAGAGCGGCUCUUUAUAUCUACUGCUUGAUAGAAUACGCAGGUUCGGCUUCGACUAUCUCCCCAAGAACUCCAGCAAGGGAGCUGCCAAUCCCAAGAGCCAAACUGGAAAAGGGGGGAAAGGUGGGAAGAUUGGGAACGUUGUGAAGAGCCGUAUUCGCCGAGCGGCCACAUCCCGAGCUGAGAGGAUAUGGCCUGGAGGAGUCAUUCCCUACGUCAUAGGAGGAAACUUCACUGGCAGUCAGAGGGCCAUGUUCAAGCAGGCCAUGCGUCACUGGGAGAAGCAGACGUGCGUAACGUUCAUUGAGAAGACGGACGAGGAGAGCUACAUCGUGUUCACCUACAGACCCUGCGGGUGUUGUUCCUAUGUGGGUCGUCGUGGCAACGGGCCCCAGGCGAUCUCCAUUGGCAAGAACUGUGACAAGUUCGGCAUCGUUGUGCACGAACUGGGCCAUGUCAUCGGCUUCUGGCACGAGCACACGCGGCCCGACCGCGACGAUCACGUGACCAUCAUCCGCGACAACAUCCAACCAGGCCAGGAGUAUAACUUCCUCAAGAUGGAGCCAGGGGAGGUCAACUCUCUCGGGGAGCCAUAUGAUUUUGAUAGCAUCAUGCACUACGCCAGGAACACCUUCUCACGAGGGAUGUUCCUCGACACCAUCCUUCCAUCCAGAGAUGAAAACGGGGUCCGGCCGGCUAUUGGCCAGCGAACCAGGCUCAGUAAAGGAGACAUUGCACAGGCAAGGAAGCUGUAUAGAUGUCCAGCGUGUGGAGAGACGCUCCAGGAGUCAACGGGCAACUUCUCGUCUCCCGGUUACCCCAAUGGAUACCCUUCGUACACACACUGUGUCUGGAGAAUAUCUGUUACACCUGGAGAAAAGAUUGUUCUUAACUUCACCACCAUGGAUCUGUAUAAAAGCAGUCUGUGUUGGUACGACUACAUCGAGGUUCGGGAUGGAUACUGGAGGAAAGCUCCGCUGCUCGGCAGGUUUUGUGGCGAUAAAGUUCCGGAGGUCUUGAUCUCCACUGACAGCAGGAUGUGGAUCGAGUUUCGCAGCAGCAGCAACUGGGUGGGAAAAGGUUUCGCCGCCAUUUAUGAAGCGAUCUGUGGUGGGGAAAUCACCAAAGACUCAGGACAGAUCCAGUCCCCCAAUUACCCCGAUGACUACAGACCAUCCAAAGAGUGUGUGUGGAGGAUCACUGUGGCUGAGGGAUACAACGUCGGGCUCAGCUUCCAGGCCUUCGAGAUUGAGAGGCACGACAGCUGUGCUUACGACUACCUGGAGGUUCGAGACGGCCCCCUGGAGACGAGCCCUUUGAUUGGUCGCUUCUGCGGCUACGACAAACCCGAGGACGUGCGUUCCACCUCACACACGCUGUGGAUGAAGUUCGUCUCAGACGGGACGGUUAACAAGGCUGGCUUUGCCGCUAACUUCUUCAAAGAGGAGGAUGAAUGUGCCAAGCCAGACAAUGGAGGAUGUGAACAGAGGUGUGUAAACACUCUCGGCAGUUUCAAGUGUGCCUGUGACCCGGGCUACGAACUAGCUCCCGACAAGAAGAGCUGUGAAGCGGCAUGCGGCGGUCUCCUCUCUAAGUUGAACGGGACCAUCAGCACUCCCGGAUGGCCGAAGGAGUAUCCGCCCAACAAGAACUGUGUGUGGCAGGUGGUGGCCCCCACUCAGUACCGCAUCUCCAUGCAGUUUGAGGCCUUCGAGCUGGAGGGAAAUGAGGUGUGUAAAUACGACUUUGUGGAGGUGCGCAGCGGCCUUUCAUCCGACUCCAAGCUGCACGGUAAAUACUGCGGCACCGAGGUCCCUGAUGUCAUCACCUCUCAGUACAACAACAUGAGGAUUGAGUUUAAAUCCGACAACACCGUCUCCAAGAAAGGCUUCAAGGCUCACUUCUUCUCAGACAAAGACGAAUGCAGCAAGGACAACGGCGGCUGCCAGCACGAGUGCAUCAACACAGUGGGCUCGUACGUUUGUCAGUGUCGCCAUGGCUUUGUGCUGCAUGAGAACAAACAUGACUGUAAGGAAGCUGAGUGUGAGCAUAAGAUCCACAGCCCCAGUGGGACCCUGAGCAGCCCUAACUGGCCAGACAAGUAUCCCAGCCGUAAGGAGUGCACCUGGGACAUCACAGCCACGCCAGGACACCGAGUCAAGAUAGCCUUCAAUGAGUUUGAGAUCGAGCAGCAUCAGGAAUGUGCAUACGACCAUCUGGAGGCCUUCGACGGGGACAGUGACACGGCCACCAUCUUGGGUCGAUUGUGCGGCAGCAAGAUCCCGGAGCAGCUGGUCUCCACCGGCAACAAGAUGUACCUUCGCUUCAUUUCUGACGCCUCAGUACAAAGAAAGGGCUUCCAAGCGACACACUCCACAGAGUGUGGCGGUCGUCUAAAAGCCGAAGCUCGCCAGAAGAACCUUUACUCCCACUCCCAGUUUGGAGACAACAACUAUCCGGGUCACACUGACUGCGAGUGGCUGCUAACGGCCGAGCAGGGCUACGGCAUCGAGCUGAGCUUCAUCACCUUUGAGGUGGAGGAGGAGGCGGACUGUGGUUACGACUACAUCGAGCUGUACAACGGGUACGACGCCAACUCACAUCGACUCGGACGCUUCUGCGGUUCAGGGCCCAGGGAGGGGAUCUACUCGCCCGGAGGUGCUAUGCUGAUCCGUUUCCAUAGUGACGACACAAUCAGCAAGAAGGGCUUCCACAUCCGCUACACGAGCACCAAGUUCCAGGAGAGCCUUCACACCAGGAAAUGA